AUGAAGGUGUGGUCACUGGAACAGUGCGGGGAGACAGGCGUGGUCCUGCUUGGUUUCCUGACGCUCGCAGUGUCUGUAGGGAACCUGUCCACCAGGGGGCUCCAGGAGGAUGGCGCUGCGUCCAACAGUCUGGAGGAGGAGCUGGAGGUGACCACUUACUGGUGGGGGGAGUGGGCGAAGUGGACCGCCUGCACACGUACCUGUGGAGGGGGAGUGAUGUCACAGGAGAGACACUGCCUCAAACAGAGAAAGAAAGUUGCUGCUGGGAAGGACAACAUGACCUGCACAGGAACUCCAAAGAAAUAUCAUCUCUGCAACACCAAAGAAUGUCCCGCCACCGGGAGGAGCUUCAGAGAGGAGCAGUGCUGGUCCUUUAACUCUCAGCUUUACAGUGGGAGGAACUACCAGUGGAAACCUCUGUAUCCUGAUGACUACGUUCACAUCUCCAGUAACCCCUGCGACCUCCACUGCACCACAACGGACGGCCAGAGGCAGCUGAUGGUGACCGCACGAGACGGCACUUCCUGCAAGUACAGCAGCUACCGCGGCGUCUGCGUGGACGGUAAGUGUGAGCCAAUCGGAUGUGACGGCGUUCUGUUUUCCUCCAACAUCUUGGAUAAGUGCGGCGUCUGUCAGGGGGACGGCAGCAGCUGCAGCAGAGUCAACGGGAACUUCCGGCGCGGGGCCACGACUCUCGGUUACUCCUUCAUCACUCAAAUCCCUGAAGGAUCAUGGGACAUCCAGAUCAUUGAGAGGAAGAAGUCAGCAGAUGUUCUUGCUGUGACCGACCAGGCGGGAAACUUCUUCUUUAACGGGGCCUACAAGGUGGACAGUCCCCAGAACUUCCACGCAGCAGGAACCAUCUUCAAGUACCGUCGGCCCAUGGACGUGUACGAGACGGGGAUCGAGUACAUCGUGGCCAAAGGUCCCAUCGACCAGGCCAUCAAUAUUCUGGUGUGGAACCAGAACGGCCGUACACCUUACAUCACGUACGAGUACACGGUCCUCCGAGACUCCCUGCCCCCCGUCCCACCUCCGCCCGUCUACACCGGAUCAGACACCUCUGCUGGAGAGAUCUCCGUGGAGGUCGGGGGGCUCCUGGCCCCUAACGGCAGCAUGUACAACCAGGGGGUCCGUGAAGGCCACAUAGAGCGGGGAGGAGUCGAGGUGCAGAAAGGACAGGAGACCAACGAGGUGUACGAGGAGACGGCGGCCAUCGACUGCGACCAGGACGGAGCAGCCGCCCCGAAGUUUAAAGAAGGAAACAGCAGCCACACAGGCGGCACUGCAAACCCUGCACCUGCUGGAGGACCACUGGAUCCAGGCCAAGACUCUCAAAACCUCAUCUGGAGGGUCCUGCUGGGCGGUCGGAUAGGCCAAGACGAGCUGCUCAUAAACAUCUCAACCAAUCAGUUGCUGACGGGGGGAGACAGUUUGUUCUCCUCGGAGGUGGGACCGGGGGUCGAGGUCGACCUGAGCAUCCUGGAGCAGGACGGAGCGUUCGGCCUGAACGAAACGCUGGAGUUUACUCUGGGACGCAAACGCAACGACAGCGGGGACGGGUCCUACCAGAACAAGACGGUGCAGGGCGGAGGGAGGAGCUCCGGCCGCGGCAACAGAACCAGGGGGAAUCAGAGGCUCUUCCAGAAGAACCUGAAGCUGAGUCCUGCCGACAUGUACCGCUGGAAGCUGUCGUCUCAGGAGCCCUGCAGCAUGACCUGCUCCAUAGGCGUGUCCAAGUCCUUCGUCACGUGUAUCCGCUACGACGGCAUCGAGGUGCACGACAUGUACUGUGACGCCCUCACCAGACCGGAGCCGGUCCACGACUUCUGCAUCGGCAGAGAGUGUCAGCCCAGGUGGGAGGCCAGCAGCUGGAGCGAGUGCUCCAGGACCUGCGGCGAGGGUUUCCAGUUCCGUCAGGUGCGCUGUUGGAAGAUGCUCUCUCCCGGUCUGGACAGCUCGGUCUACAGUGACCUCUGCACCAUGGCGGACCUGGAGAGACCUGUGGAGAGGCGGCCCUGCAAGAGCCCCGCCUGUGGCCCACAGUGGGAGGUCGCCGAGUGGACUGAGUGUCCCGCUAAGUGUGGCCGUAAAGCUCAGGUGUCCCGCGACGUCCGCUGCUCUGACGAGAGCCGACCGUGUGACCCGAUGACCAAACCCCCAAACAUCAAGAACUGCACCGGUCCGCCCUGCGAACGCCACUGGACGGUGUCCGAGUGGGGUCCUUGCUCGGGGUCCUGCGGCCAGGCCAAGAUGGUGCGUCACGUGUACUGUAAGGCUCCCGAGGGCCGUGUGGUCCCAGAGAACCAGUGCUCACCGGAGAACAAGCCGCUCGCCAUCCACCCGUGUGGAGAGAGGAACUGUGCUCCACACUGGCUGAGCCAAGACUGGGAGAGGUGUAACACGACCUGCGGUCGAGGCGUGAAGCGAAGGAUCGUCAUGUGCGCCGGCAUCAGCUCAGGAAAGUUUCAGAUCUACGACGACGAGGCGUGUGGCGUGAACGAGAAGCCCGAGGAGGAGAACACCUGCUUCGAGAGGCCGUGCUUCAAGUGGUACACCACGCCGUGGUCUGAGUGCACAAAGACGUGCGGUGUGGGCGUCAGGAUGAGGGACGUGAAGUGUUACCAGGCCAGGGAGCUGGUCCGAGGCUGCGACCCCCUCACCAAACCCGUCUCCAAACAGACCUGCACCCUGCAGCCCUGCCCCACUGAGCCGCCAGAUGAGAGCUGUCAGGAUCGUCCCUCCACUAACUGCCUGCUGGCGCUGAAGGUGAACCUGUGCAGCCACUGGUACUACAGCAAGGCCUGCUGCCACUCCUGCCGCGCCGUACGACCUCCGACCUCCUAACCCAGGACGGCACCGCCUCUCUCCACGCAGACUCCACCUCCAGCGGGGGGAGAGAGAUGGGAACGUUUACAAACCAGCAGAACUCGAAGACAGCGGGAGGUUUUUAAAGAGAAGAGCGUCCUCUGAUAGAUUUUAAUUUAGCUGGAUUCGGUCAUGUGGAUCCGUCGCUCCUGUUAGUGUAACUUUAAGAAACUCGUCUUCCCCCGGUUUGCUCUUUGAGUAAAAAUAGAAUCUAUUUUCAGUGAAAUUCUUCGACCACUCAGAGUUUUGUUUAGUUACAUCCGGUGUGUAAAAAAUGUCCAGAAAUAAUCUCUGACUCUGAAACAUUAAUCAGCUGAGUCCACAGAGGCCUUUAGUAACAGAUCAAAUAACCGUACAUCCCUGAACCGGCUCAGACUAAUGGGAACAUCCAGGGUGGACUGAGAGCUCUGAGCGCUGAAGAGGAAGCUGCAGUGAUUUUAAUGUCCGGCUCUGACUUAUCUUAAAAAGUUGUAGAGGUGCUCGAGUCGACUACUUCAGCCGACAGCCGGGACUCUCAUUUCUGCAGAUUCUGCAUUUAUUUAAAAAUACAGCCUAAAAGUAUCAAUUUAACCUCACAGGUAAAGAAACAUAUUCACUGUCUGACUUCUUCACAAAUUUAAAAACGACUGUUGACAUGACAUUUUGAAAUAACAUGGUGUAAAUAUGAAUGUCUGGUGUGAACACAACAAACUUUUAGGAACUUACUUUAAAGGAUCUGUUGUAGCCUGAGUCCCCGCUGCAGGCUGAAGAAAUCUACAACAUACAGGAAACUAUUCCAAAACUGAAGUGAGUCAUCCAGACCCCAAACAUCAGCGAUCCCAGGGUUUAAACGGCCCCUUUAAGUGAUCCCAGGGUUUAAACGGCCCCUUUAAGCGAGCCCAGGGUUUAAACGGCCCCUCUAAGUGAGCCCAGGGUUUAAACGGCCCCUCUAAGUGAUCCCAGGGUUUAAACGGCCCCUUUAAGAGAGCCCAGGGUUUAAACGGCCCCCUUUAAGAGAGCCCAGGGUUUAAACAGCCCCUUUAAGAGAGCCCAGGGUUUAAACGGCCCCUUUAAGUGAGCCCA